UCUUUGUAAAUAUAACUUCCAUGUGACUUCUAAAGAAUCUGCUGCUGUUUUUGAUGCUAUUCCAGCAGGUUUCAAAUGUCUCAUAUCUACUGGGGAUAAAGCUCAUGGUGAAUAUUCUAGGUUUCAAGAGUUAUUUAUUGGUAAUUCAGUCCCGUUCAUUAGCAUUCAAAUUAUCUUGUAAAUUAAGUACUCACUAAAUAUAUUCCAAAUAUUGAUCCUCUUUCCUUUUGUCAUAUUGAACAAGAGACACUAACCUAACUUUUUUAGUAAAACAUUUUGGUGUGACCUCAAUAUUUUCUUUAAUAGGAAAUGUGGUAUAGUGAUUUCUUUGUAUGUUAAAUAUGUUUUCUUUGGUAUUUCAAAUAGUAGCGUGUCUGGAAAAGAGUACAUUUUAAACGUUCCUAUUCACACACAUGCCUGCAAAUUUGCCAAACACAAGCCUGGCCUCACUGUUUUCAGAGCCUGUUUCAGAUGCUUUUUGGACUCCAACAUUGUGCACCAACUCUAAAGCUGUGAAACUUAUCAAAUGACGAAUUUGAUUUGUAACCUUUUAUUUUUUCUCAUUUUUUCUAGGGAUUUGUUUCCCCGGCAUCUCAAGCAUAAUACUACUGUCUACAAUUGUACAUUUUUUAUUUGUAAAUAAAGUUGUUAAAAGAAAUACCCCAACAUGGGGACCCUUUAUAUGGUUGGCUGAAAAAAGAAAGAUGUCUGAUUGACAUUUGUGGAUAGAACCACAUCAGAGGAGUCUCAAAAUUCACACACAAAUGCAGCCAAACCCACAGGCCAGAAACAGCUUGUAAAUCAUAUAUAUGUAUGUUUGCAUACAGGCCUCUAACAAUAACAAAUUUUGCUAAGCGAUUGUCUCAAAAAUUAUUGCGAUAAAUGAUAAUAUUGUUUAAAGGCCGUUUUAAACUGAUGUAAUGUAAUGAUAUAAUAAUGCAUCCAACAUCCUGUCAAUAAGGAAUAUACUCUUUUUUAAAAAGAGAGUAUAACACUGGAACUGGAAAACAAAAUAAAACAAAAAUAAAAUAAAAAAGCACUUGAAUAAAAACUAGCACAACAUCAAACCAAAGUGGAAAUAAAAACUACGUUCAACCAAAAGAAUUUAUGAAAUCUGUAUACUAUAUCAUUAGAUUUAGAUGGAGAAGAUGGAUAUAUCCAACUACUUCAUACAAUCGUUCACUCCUCUCUUUCACUAAGGGGUCAGUGGAGAGCACAGGAGUUAAGCCUGUUUCAUCCAGUCUCAUCAAUAGAAAGAAAAAUGGACAGGAAGAAACGAUAAAGCCGAAAAAUUCAAACAAGGCGGCAGGCAGCAGUGAUGCCCACAAACAGAACUGUGUCUGGCUGUUUGUCUCACACCAGAAGUGCACCUGUGAUGACCUGAUGUCAGGUCUGAGCAGAUCCUGUGGAGAUGCCAUGUUGAAGUUUGAACCCUUUGUUCUCCACGUUCAGUGCCGCAGGCUAGAGGACGCGCAGCUGCUGCAUUCAGUGGCUGUCAACUCAGGCUUCAGGAACUCUGGGCUCACUGUUGGCAAGACAGGGAAGAUUAUAUCGGCGGUUCGCAGCACCCACGGCCUGGAGGUUCCCCUGAGCCAUCAUGGAAAACUUUUAGUUGAUGAAGACUACAUCCAGUUCCUGACACAAAUAGCCAAUCAGAAGAUGGAGGAGAACGUCAGACGGAUACAGAGGUUCUUCCAGAACCUCCAGUCAGCCGUGUCAGCAGAGAGACAGCAAAUCCCAGACAGCCCUGGCACACAGGAACAUCAGGAUUCCCAACACACACACAAAAAAGGAAGGAGAAGAGAACAGGGAACAAAUCAACAGAACCAACUAAAUGUGUACAAACGAAGACAACAGCACAAGACUGACGGUUGUCAUGGUAAUGGGGACAGCAGCCUGCCAGAGCUGGAUGACUGUCUGGACCUGUUUACAGAAACAGAUACUCUGUUUAGAAAAGUUCAGGACUGAGCAACUGUACUCGGCUGUCCAGGAGCAGGAGCAGGUUUAAAUUGUUGAGUUGACUCAACUUUCUGCAGGCGUAUGCAGAUCUGCUGGUUACUAAUAAAGCAAAAUGUACAGCAUGUUUGUGUCCACCUGUAAAUCGGCUUCCGUUGGACAUAACUGAGACACUUGCGCUGCAUGAAAAGAGAUUUUCGGCAGCCAUUGACACAUAAUGUUGCUGCUUGCUUGAGAUUGAGGACUGUCAGCAGAAGUUUUUUGUCGUAAUAGAAAACUGUUGGGAACUGAGGUGUACUUUGUUCCCCCGUCAACCUUCUCCUUUUCUAACUGCUGCUUUUUCUCUGAGCGAGUCGCUGCAGACUGAAAUAACCUUGGGUGUAAAAUAAAUCAUCACAAACCAUCAACACUGGUGGUGGACCUGAAGUUAGAUUUUACUCAAUCACAACAUUUUCUCAAAUUCGCCCAUGAUGAUAGGCUUUUGCCACAACCCGCCCUUUGAGGACAUUCAUGAUCUUGAUUUGGCCCAAAAUGAAAAUGAGUGUGACACGUCUGGUACAGAUACAGACACCGCAACUCUCAGAUGUUGCACACUUUAUUGAGCAUGUUACCGUCAAACAAACAUUUUUUCAUUUGGCAAUAAUAAAUAACUGACACUCAAGGCAAGUUGUUCUAGUACACUUAAUAAAUAAUAUCAGUGAGGGAAAGAGCAAUGAAUAUGGGUCCAUAUUAUAAAUACAAACAGUUGCCUUUCACAGUCAGGUUUCUUCCCCACUGAAUAUCUGAUAUUGUGAUUACAUAACACAGGAAAUGUAUAUUUAAAAGAUUCAAAUUGGUGUCAGAAAUAAUAAAAUUACAAACUUUAUUGAACGAAUGUCCACUAGUUCUCAAUGUCAAUAUAAUUUGCCCAUUGGUAUGAAAUAAUAUGGCUUCAGUCAAAGUAGACUGGUGUGUAUCAAAUAGAUGCUCAUGUUUUUAGACUUUAUUUCCAUUUGGAAUGAAAGUACUUUUGAAUUGGAAUUGUUCUGAUAAGCAGAGACAAUAAAAUGAAUAGCAGAAUCA